AAUUGGUGUAAGAAGCUGUAUAGUAGCAUAAAAGCCAAACUUUUGAGAAUAAAAAAUGAAAAAUGUGUCAAUAGUUUUUAUUCUCCCAAAAAACAAAAACGCAUUCAACAUUUGCAAUCCAUUAAAAAAAAUAUGAAAAAAAAAACUUUAAGAGUUAAAUUAGAAAUUAAACGAUUGAAGAAUACUUUAAGUGAAGUACAGAAUCAAAUGAAAAAUUGUUCAGAUACAACUAUUCAACAAUCAUUGGAAUCUGCUGGUAUAAAUACCAACCAAUCCAAUUUAAUAAAAGAAAUAUUUGCAGCAGCUAAAGUGAAAAAUCCAAAAGGGCGAAGAUAUAGUGAAAACUGGAUGAUGUUGUGUCUAUUAUUCCAAAUUAGAUCACCAAGUGGAUACAAGUUUUUAAAGGAUCAAAACAUAUUACCAUUUCCUUGUAUCAAUACAAUAAGAAAACAUUUACUAGCUAUGAAAAUUGGUUGUGGUUUUGAUAUAAAUUUUUUCAAGCUAUUUAAAAAGAAGUUUUCUGGGAAAACAGAGUACCAGAAAAAAGGAAUUAUAAUUUUAGAUGAAAUUUUCUUAAGAACGAGUAUAGCUGUUAAUAGUAGAACUUUAACUUAUGCUGGUUUAGAAGACUUUGGAGAUAACAUAGACAUAAAAACCAAAGGAACAGAUAAAGCUGAUCAUGGACUAGUCCUGAUGUGGCAAAGCUUAGCAGAAAAUUUUACACAACCAAUAGCAGCUUUUGCAUCAAAAGGACCAGUCAAAGGAAUUGAUUUAGCAAAGUUAGUCAUAAAGGCUAUAUUGUUACUUGAGGAUGCAGGUGGCCAUGUAGUUGGACUGACAAGUGAUGGAGCCAGUACAAACCGAUCAAUGUGGAAAGAAUUAGGGGUAUGUCCGGAAAUUGAAGGAUUUAAAAAUUAUUUUGAAAAUCCUUAUGACAACGAUCGUAAAGUUUUUGUCUUUUCUGAUGUACCUCAUUUGAUGAAAACUAUAAGAAACCGUUUACAUUCAAAUAAACAGUUAAGGAUUAAUUCUUCAAAACAAUACAUUAAAUGGAGUGAUUACUAUAAUUUGUACUUGAAUGAAGCUACUUCACUUUUGAAAGUGUGUCCAAAAUUGACAAAGCAUCAUUUUGAACUUAAUAACUUCACUAUAUAUCUUUAA